GGAACUACGAUUAACAGGACCGUCUGUGGCGCAAAAAUGGAGGAUAACAUUAAAGAUCUCAGCCGACCUCAGAUGUAUUUAUUUGGUUGCUCGUUGAAAGCUGAUAAGAAGGAGCACAAAGUUGAGUUGGAUGAUGAUGAGGCUGAACAUCAGCUGUCACUCAAGGCGGUGUGUUUGGGUGCUGAGGCGGAGGAUAAAUUCCACACCGUGGAGAUGGAGGGAUUGACUUACAGUGGUAAAACGACCAAAAUCACUCUCGCUGUACUGAAGCCGUCCGUUCUGCCUUCUCUAAGUCUGGGAGGUUUUGAGGUCACGCCUCCUGUGUCCUUUCGCCUGCAGUCCGGAGGGGGGCCGGUCUACAUCAGCGGUCAGCAUUUCGUCAGUGUGAAGGAAUCAGAUGAUGAGGAUGAGGAAGAGGAAGAGGAGGAGAAUAAUACAUCACCAGUGAAGAGACCGUCUAGCAUGACCCAUGCAAAAGUGCCUCAGAAAAAGUUGAAAAUGGACUCAGAUGAAGACUCAGAUGAGGAUAGUGAUGAAGAUGAUGACGAUGAUGAUGAUGAUGAUAACGAUGACGACGACAAAGAGGUAAAGGCUGUUGAAAAGGGCCCCAUCAAAACCCCUCAAAAAACCCCAGAGAAGAAGAAGAGUGCAGAUAAGCGGAACGGCUCUCCAGACAAGAAAGCUGGGACAUCAGGGAAGCCCCAAACACAGACACCACUGAAAGUAAAAGACAAGUCUGCAGCAGGGCCUUCUGGGAAGUCUCCCAGCACUCCCAACCUGAGUGAGGUCAAAAGCAAACUUUCAUCAGCAGCUAAAGAGGGGAAGCCACUUCCAAAGACGGAACAGAAGUUUGAGAACUACGCUAGAAGCUCUUUCAAGAUCUCUGAUAAACAAGUGAUCAAAGACCUUUGGAACUUUUUACAAACACUAAAAAAGUAAUGGCUGCUCUGCGCUCCCCUUCCUGUCCCGCUGCAGCAGAAGUCUGGGCUGAGCCAGUAACGGCACUUCAGCUGUGCGAUCUGGCCUCUUCCUGUCUUAACGCGAUCCGCCUGCUCUUCUCUCACUUUAAAGAUGGAUAGAGCAGAAGGAGCAAUGGCAGAGAUAUCAUGCUUCAUGUUUUAUAUAUGUUUUUUUUUUUAAUUAUGGAUUUUUUUGUCAAGUCCACAAUGGUUUCUUAGAAGAACAUUUAAUGAGAUGUUGUGCUAAGGCAGUUAUAAUUUAAAAAGCGAACUAAGGGUGAAUCUCUCUAAAUCUUAUCAAGAACUUGCGCAGGUCAUAUUUAAUCUCAAAAUUCUAAAGAAAGUAUAUUUUGCAUUAAGUAAAUUAAGCCUGUUUUGGACUGAACAAAUGUUUUUCAUUAUGAUUUUUUAAAAGACUUAAACCCAUUUCCCCCAAUUAUCAUAAUGCACAAAAAAAAGUAAUGUGGGGGGAAUGUAAAGUAUUUAUACAUCAUGGAUUGAUUUGUGUUAUAGAGAUUACAAUUUAUGGUGAUUAAAACAUAUGGUAAUCAUGGUAAUGAAAAAAUAUACAGUAUAAAAUAAGUUUAAUUGUAUUAAUCAUCAUUAAAAAUAAUGUGGGAAAAAAAGUGAUAUUAAAGCAAUAAUGUUAAAGGUCAUUAAAAUAGGCUUUGUUUUUUUAAUGCAAAAUAUAAUUUCCUUUAUUUUCUUUAGCUUUUUGGGUAAAAUUUGUUCCUGGGUGUUUUUGUGAGCAUUACUCUUAAAUAGAAAACCAAUGGUGCUGGUUUAUUAUAAUUUUAUUUAAUUUUUUUUGUGAGGCCAUUUAAAAAAAGAAAAAGAAAAGAAACAACAACACUUGAACGUUAUCUUGAGCGAAAUAGUUUUUUCACUACCAGCCCAAGACCAAUUUGCUUCUUCUUGUCUAUAUUUGAAACCAUAAUCACUGUAAAUCGUCCCCUUAAUUUCUUCAUAUGAAGAUGGCAGCUGAAGUGUAAUAAUGUUAAAGAUUCAGUCACAUUCUGAGUGUUCCAUCUGAUUGAAGAUUCCGUCUAGUUCACAGUAUUCUGUGCAGCCCUCACGAUUCUGCCUUGCAGCAAUUCCAAAGGCCUUCACCGUUUAAACUUUACAAUUAUCUUAAGUGCUAUAGACUCUCCCAUAAAAAUCCUCUUGAGAAGCACGGCCAGAAUAUUAUACCUUGUUAAAAAGAUGAAUGUUAGUCCAUGGUUUAGGUAAUUAAAUAUGAUUAAAAAAAAAGACGUUUCGUUGAUUUGAAACUUUAAAAUAAUGCUUUCGCUAUUUUAUGUUUUUGUCAUAUCAGUUGUUUUUAUUUUACUUUCACUUAGCCAUUUUAAUUUGUUAGCACUAAUAAAUAAAACCCUUAAAUAUAUGUAGGUGUUUUUUGAAAGCAGAAGAAUCAGUCCUGUUUUAAUUAGUUUUGUUCUGUGAAAUUGGUGAUUCCCCCCCCCCCCACAAAGUAUAUGCUGCAAACAAGCAGUGCAUUUCAACAAAACUAUAUUGUUCCAUUAUGAUCAACAAAAUGUUGAUGUCGAUUUCAUUGGGAGCAAUUUAAUUUUGUUGCAUCAUUCUGCUCGCUUGCAGUGUUAGAUUGGUUUCCUUUCUUGGAUGGAAAUGGAAGUAAUCCAGCUUUAGUUCAUUUACAAAUAACAGGUGUGAAUUGAUUGAUUUAAUGCUUUAAUUGAGUAUUACACCUACAUGACCUCUGAAUGUUGAAUCAAAAGCAGCUCUGAUGAAGUAAAUGUUAAAUGAUGCUCGAAAUUAUUGUAACACUCGCCAACAAAGACCAUACAGAGCACAAAUUCACCGUUUUGUUUGACCUCAACAAUCAUUUCUCCUGCACCUGAAAGUCUCCAACCUGUUUGCCCACCUGAGGUGUUCACCUGAUUUGCUUGUUUCAAGAA